AAAAAAAGGACUCAGUAGAACCAAAAUGUUAUUGUAAUACUCAUCACUGCUUGAUAUUUCGUUGCUUUGGAGAGGUGUAGAGAUUGCACGCGUCGCUUCUUCGGCUCCUUCGUGGCUGUUCGACUUCGCUCCUUCGACGAAUUUCCCUUGCUGUCGGAUCGGAAGUUGCGACAUUUUGGUCGGAAGCAAGAACGGGAGCUCGCUGGCUGUGAAGGUAACUUUCUCCCUUUCGCGCGCUUCUUCGGCUAAAUCCCGUUAAAUCCACCGAACCGAGGGAUUUAAUAAAUCUGGGAUUUAAGCCGUAAAUCCCUAAGUUCGGGAUUUAUGAAAUCCCGGGAUUUAGCCCCUAAGAAAACCGUUUGGCUGGAUUUAGUGUAAAUCCGACUUAAAUCCCAGAUAUAUCCGAUACCAAACAGUCCCUAAGAAAGAUACCGAUUACUUCGCCGGAGUGGAAUUAAGUACACGAUCGUGAUGGCGAAGCCUGCACCGGGUUGUUUUACACUCCAGAAGAGGAAACGCCUCCUCCUAAUCUUCGUCGCUAUUUGUUUCUCCGUUGCUGUCUUUUUCUGUUUCCGUGGCACCCUCGACACCUGCGAUUUCCGCCGGGACAGCGUUGCAGCUUCAGUAGCGGUGGCUAUGGAUAUGGCUCGCAACCUACCUCCAGACGGUAAUCUAGAGAAGAAUCCGCUCGAUUUCAUGAGGUCCAAGCUUGUGCUUCUCGUCUCCCAUGAGUUAUCCCUUUCAGGCGGACCGUUGCUGCUAAUGGAGUUAGCUUUUCUCUUAAGAAAUGUUGGUGCCCGAGUUAUAUGGAUCACAUAUCAGAAACCUGCUGAAGAGAAUGAAGUAAUUCAUACUUUGGAGCAUAAGAUGAUGAACAGGGGUUUGCAGGUCCUUUCCGCUAAGAGCCAAGAAGCAAUUGAUACUGCUCUCAAAGCUGAUAUGAUUGUUUUAAACACAGCCGUUACCGGUAAAUGGCUCGAUGUUGUGCUUAAGAAACAUCUCUCUCAAGUUCUUUCAAAGAUUCUAUGGUGGAUUCAUGAGAUGCGAGGACAUUACUUCAAAUUGGAUUACGUCAAGCAUUUGCCUUUUGUUGCUGCUGCGAUGAUUGACUCCUACACAACAGCUGAAUACUGGAAGAACAGAACACAAGAACGUUUAGGUAUCCACAUGCCAAAAACGUAUGCCGUUCAUCUUGGAAAUAGCAAAGAACUGAUGGAAAUUGCUGAAGAUUAUCUUGCCCAACGGGUUCUUCGGGAGCACAUACGGGAAUCACUUGGAGUUCGAAGCGAAGAUCUCCUCAUUGCCAUUAUAAACAGUGUAUCACGUGGAAAGGGACAAGAUUUAUUCCUUCAGUCAUUUUAUGAAAGUCUUCAAUUGAUCCGAGAGCAGAAGUUCGAAGUGCCUGCAAUUCAUGCUGUAGUAGUUGGCAGUGAUAUGAAUGCCCAGACGAAGUUUGAAGGAGAACUAAGAAACUUCGUGGCAAGGCAAGGAAUUCAGGACAAAGUUCACUUUGUCAAUAAGACGCUUACAAUUGCUCCGUACUUGGCUGCAAUUGAUGUGCUUGUUCAAAAUUCUCAGAGCGGGACGGGUUCACUACACUAUUCACCGCCCAGAGCCCGGAGCUGCAUCAUGCUGUUCUGGAGGUCACUUAGCUAUCAUCAGGAGAACCAGGUAGUCGUUGCAGCAGCACAGCUGCUUCCCAACUGAUGUCUUUUUUCUACAUGAAUUCUUGAAUAAUCUUUCUAUAUCGAGUUGCUGUUUGAUAUUUUUUCAGCUGCAUGUUGACUGUCUUUCUAGUGUUUGUUCAAAUGCCUAACGGAGAAAAAACAACUAAGUGUCAGUACCGUUAAAAUGAUAUUUAAAUUUCAUUUACAGUCUUUAUUAAGAGCUUUAUAAAAAAAUGCUAAAACUUAUAUCCAACAACAACAACAACAUAAAGCCUUUAUCCCACUGCGGGGUUGGGCUACAUGAAUUAUUUUUCUCCAUUAUGAUCGGUUAAAAGUUAAAUUCUUAUUUAAAUCUAAUAAAAAAAGGUCAGUUCUAAUAUUUUCUAACAAAAUCUUGUAUCCAAAGAGAAUAAUUAAAUCUAACAAAAAUUCUAAUCAUGAAUAAGAGAAAUUUUAUAAAAAAUAAUGAUGGGCCCAAAAAAAGGAUGUGAGCUCUGUUCAGCACUUUAGUGGUCUGGUUUAACACCUUUAAGUAGCCUAUAACCAAUUUGUGUUUGGCUGGCUUAUUUGAUUUGAAUGGUUGUACUGCAUCAUCUAAUUUAUGAGUCUUCAUUUGGUGGUUCUUUUAGCUAUUUCAAUUUUCAAAAACAUGACAUCACAUUUUUUAUUUGUAUCGAAACAUGCGACACAAUUUUAAAUAGUUUAUGCAUCAUUUUACUGGUUUCAGGAUCAUUAGCAACACAUUAGUAGAGCAUCUGUGAUUUUAUUUGAUUUUGAAAAGCACUAAGAAGCACCAAAACAUAUUCAGCAAAAACAUAUUUAUUUACCAAAAGGACUCUUGAAUGUAAGGGUCAGAGUUCUUCACUAACGAGAAGUUUCAGGUUGCGUUUGUUUGCCACUAUCUAUUUAUUUUUGCUAAUGCUUCCGUAAACUUUUUCGUUGAAAUGACACUUUUUAUAUAAUGAACAUCAACAUAGAUGCACUUGUUGCUGUUCCUGGGAUUAUAAAUGUGUUAGAUGUCCUCAAUGCAGAUUUCUAAUCUCCCUUCCUGC